ACGACAAAAUACAGGGAUAUUGAGCUUCUGGAGUUACCUAACGCAGAUCCCGACAGCCCUCCAACAUGGGAAAAGCACAAUGGGGGCGAUCGCGUUCUGGAAAUACAUAUUCAUGAUCCUUGACGCCUAGGAGGAAGCGUUAGAUGGUAAAGUAGCGGACGUGGCCUGUGCGCGUCCCUGCUGCGUAGCGGUGACUUUGGGAGGAGCGGGGCCACGCGUGGGCGGCUGGCGUGCGCGGGGCCGCUCGCCGGGAACGCGGCUGGGGAGCGUGGCCGGUACGUCCCAUGCGUCCUGCACCAUCAACCUCCCGUUUGCUGAUCGGCCGUUUCGCAGGCUGAUCUGCUCUGUGCCAGGAGGGGGGCUUGGGCCACUCUGCACUUUAAGAACAUCCCAGCAGACCUUGCCCUCGAACCUCCCUGUGAUCAGCCAUGGUGAAGUACUUCUUCAAUGAGAUGGACAUCAAGAGCGCAUGGGACCAUGUCGUUUGUGCUUUCUGGCAACGCUACCCCAACCCGUUCAGCGCCCACGUGCUGACCGAAGAUGUGGUGUACCGUGAGGUCACGCCAGAUCACCGGCUGCUCUCCCGGCGCCUCCUGACCAAGACCAACCGGCUGCCGCGCUGGGCGGAAAGGCUCUUUCCCGCCCACCUGUCGCGUUCCGUCUACGUCGUGGAGGACUCUGUCCUGGACCCGGUCAGCAGGACGCUGACCACGUUCACGUGGAACCUGAACCACACAACGCUGAUGACUGUGGAGGAGCGCUGCAUGUUCCAGGAGAACCAGGAGCGUCCUGCUUGGACCAAGCUAACGCGGGAAGCAUGGAUUUUCUCAGGGGUCUAUGGCUUCUCCAGGGCCAUACAGGAGUUCGGCCUGGCCCGCUUCAAGAGCAACCAGGCAAAAGCCAUGAAGGGCUUAGAGCAUGCUCUGUCCAACCUGCAAGGAGAGCCCCCCCAGUGGCUGCACAGGGACGCCGUGAAGGAAGCUUCCGGAAAGGCCAAGGGGGCCGCGUUGGCUGCCUCUGAAACCGCUAAGAACCUCGCCUCUGCCGCCGCCCCCAAGAAGAGCCAGCAGUUUGUGUGACCGGGACGUCCCCUCAGCCGGCAUGGGGUGUGGGGCGCCCCCAUCCUUGUGACAUCACCCCCGGGGCCGCUGUUGCCGCGGUGCUCAGUCCUCCUCCUCACGCCAAUCACCGCUCCUCUACAGUGCUGUUUUUAGUGCUUAGGGCUCCGCCCUGCCACCCUCAGGUUGCACAUUCACUGGGGGCGCGAUCUGAAUGGUCCAGAGCAUCGUUGGGUCGACCCCCCCCAUAGGACCGUGGGCCUUUUUGGCUAGUGAAGAUGACGCCACGUUACCCCUUCAUUCAGAAAAACACGUAGGCGUCUUAUCUUUCAGUCUUUUUAUUGCCUACUAACGAAUUAUUGUAACAACAGCAAUGGCAACCAAUAAGCUAUCAUCCUGUCCUAAGAAUCUGAGUCGCGGCAGCUGUGACUGAAAAGCGUCGUGACGUUUACUGAAGCGUCGUGCUCAGUUCUGUGUAGAAAUGUUCAGCAAAUGCUGUGCCGUGCCUCUUAGUGUCCAAACAUGCUGUAGCCCUCUCAGAUCUGGGGAAGGUGGGGGGGGGGGGUUUGUCACUGUGAUUAGUUUUGGGGGGGGGGGAUCUUUGCAUUCCUUUUUAAGCUGUUCCAACUAACACAGUAGACAUGUUGAUUCGGUGGGUCUCCUUCGAUAUUUUUGCCAUGUUACCAUGGCAUUCAGCCUGUAGUCUGAGGCUGAUCUUGACGUAAUAUAGGAAUCGGCACCAUAAGUUUUGGUGCGGGAAGAUUAGACCUUUUUUUUUUUUUUUUUUAUUAAUAAUUUACUUAAUAACUUAAUUGGAAUAAAAAAAAUGUUUUAAUACA